AUGAGCAACACUUCGUUUUCCAAGGCAGAAGGUAUCGUGUUUUGCAGCGCCUUCUUUUUGACGUCUGUUCUGAUCGUCGCGGGAAACUUGCUUUCUCUUGUCCUCUGUGUCCGUACCAAAGCACUUAGGAAGAAAAGUUUCUUUCUUAUCAUCAACAUGACGUUUGCAGAUUUGAUGCUUGGAGGUUUGACUCUUCCUAUUUACACAUACAUUGUAGGAGCCACGCUGUAUCCGCUUUGGACAUUUAAUUAUGUUUUUGAUUACAAGGCCGCCACGUUUUUCCACUUAAUCGCUGAUACCCUGUUUGUGUUCGCCUCCUUGCUUUCUGCAACCUUUAUAUCCUGUGAGAGAUUUUACGCCACGUAUCAGCCGCUUAAACACCGAACAUUGUCAACGAAUACAUACAGCAUCACCAUUUUCAUGCUAUGGAUACUGGCUGUCUUAGUGGCAACAUUACUGAUCGUGUUAAAAGAGCUACAAUCAGUAGAAUAUGCAAUUUACGUGGCAGUUCCCUUUACUCUAACUCUAAUGAUCAUCAUAUGCGUUUGUAACGUCGGUAUAUGGAGACAAUUCCAACACGCAAGUGCCGCUUCACAACAAAAAAACAGAGACUCGCAAAGAAAACGUUUUACAAAAACCUUGGUGUUUAUAUCUACUCUUACUUUAAUAUGUUGGCUUCCUUUCCUUGUCAUGAACAUUUUAAUGGUUUUAUAUGACGAUGCAAUAUCGUUGAGGUUUUACUUAAUGGCAAACAUUCUAAAUUAUUCCAAUUCUUUUGUAAAUCCAGUUAUCUAUGUACUAAGAAUCCCUGAAUUUAAACAAGCGCUUAGUUCAAUUAAGCUGCGGCAAAAGAGAAAUGCAGCCAUGAAACUGGAACGAACUAGAAAAGGAAGACAAGUGACAGAGCCAAGAAUAUUACAAACCGCUGCCAGUCAUUUUCAAGGGCUUCUUGAACAGGAGGAUAAGGAGACCAAACUUUAA